CUCUAUUCAUCUUAGCAACCACUUUAUCAAUGGCAUCUUUAGUAGGCUUGUUGUUAGCAUGAAGUAGAGUAAGUAUUGGCAUCUCGGUAGAAGCUUUCUGCGGCCCUCCGUUGUUCAGCAGACGGGACAAUUUGUCCACCUGACGGAUCAAAGGCUAUGAGAGCAGAUGAACUGCUCCCAGAAUUGGCAAGCGAACCAGGCGCCAACCCCAGUACGACUUCUUCUGUCGGCUGUAUGCAGUGAGGUCUGGUUUAAUUAGGUCAAGAUCCUUCUUGUAGCGCCGUCGAGUGCGUGUGCAUCGUCAUGAAACUCGUAGUCUGUUCUUCCUACUUUUCUCGCCUUCUUCUUUUCCCAAUUGUCGUUCUCUUCUAUUGUCCAUUCCCAAUUCUUCUGGCGUUCCACGUCCUCCCCCGAUCCUCAGCCUCAGCUGGCGUGCGGAACACCUCCGCAACAUCCCUCACCGUUAUCUUUGCUCUAACAGACUCCUCAAUGAGGAAGCACGAUUGGCUUUCCUGCUCCAACUUUGCUUUUCUUUCAUUCAUCGUUAUCGUGACUUCCCCCGCUGCCUUCUCUUCGCCAUCUAAUGAAGACAUUCGUUAA